UUCACUUCGCUUCACAUCUUCAUCUGCAGCGGAUCAUCCACUCGUGAGGUCCAGAGACAGACGCUUUUCUUUCCUCCUCUCUGUAUUAGAGCUCGUGUGUUUGCGGAACCUGCAGGAUCUGCUUUUUAAUUCCUCUGAACUGGAUAUGAUGUGCAACUGUGAGCGAGAGAUGCACGAGCUCUCUUAACCACAGCAGUGAUACAAUGGGGAAACUUCACUCAAAACAUGCUAGCAGACGUCGGGAAAAUCCUGAGGGGGACAGUUUUGUUGUGAAUGGCUUUAUUUCAAGAAGAGGAGCUGAAGAAGGCGAGAGAUACGACACAAAUCUGAAAGAUUAUAAGGAGCUCAAGGACAGACAGAGUCAGGUCCAGCGCUGCCCUCUACAGGUGGUUUUGCCUCCAGAAAAGGCUGAAGGAUGUGAGAGUUUUCUUCCGUCUGAAGAUGUAAAGGAAACCUGCAAAGGAAAGAAACGCAUCAGUCUAGAUGGUCUGGAGUGUGACGUGUCUCUGGUUGAUGACAGCAGGCAGGAGUGGGUCUUCACGCUCUACGACUUCGACAACAGCGGAAGAGUCACAAAGGAGGACAUGUCCAGUUUGAUGCACACUAUCUAUGACGUGGUGGACACCUCAGUCAAUCACUCGAGUCACGGCAAACAGAAGACGCUCCGAGUGAAGCUGACGGUGACUCCUGAACCUGGAGCUCACCAGAGAGACACCACACACACCACGACCGACAGAGACGUGAAUCGUCUGAGUCACAUGGAGCCGCUUCACUCGGAGGACAGGAGGAAUCACUACUGUGUGGACGAGAACACAGAGAGACGAAACCAUUACCUGGAUCUGGCGGGAACAGAGAACUACAGCUCCAGAUUCGACAGUUCCUCUCCUCCUGUGGUUCCUCAAGAGCAGCCGUCACGGUCCUCACACACCCAGAACCGUUCCCGUUCCCAUGAGCCUGAGACACACACCCAUCAGCGGCGCUCUCAGGUCCUCCCCGACCCCUGCGUGACCCCGGGUCCCCGUGUGCGCCCCGGGCCCCAGUCCUUUAGGUCCCCAAAGGCCACAUUCAAAGGCAGCCAGUCUGUGGCCAAAACCAGCAAGUGUCACAGCUACUAUCCGCCUGUGCCGGGUGUUUCCUUCUCGGCGGGUCAGAACAUGUACCAUCGACCCCAUCAGAACCAGCCUCAGCCCUCAGCGGGUCACCAGCACAGUCACAGCCAGAGAACGAGAGCCAGAGGCAGAGAACAGGCGCUGUCGCCCGCAAAACAACAGCCCUCGCCCGACCGCGAGCAGAACGCCGGGUUUGUGCUUCCUGUGGUCCAGCGACACGAACACCAUCACCAUCACGAGCACCAUCACCAUCACCACUACCAUCACUACCAUCAGACAUGACUUCAGCAAGGAUUUACAUCAUACAUCAGAUAUUCAGGAAUCUCCUCUGCUCCAACUCAGGCACUUCUUGUGUUCAUCAGCUGUAUUGUGAUUUACAGAAUGAGAACAGAGAUAAUGUUGGUCAUUGCUGACCGUUUACAUGAAGACAUCAGCUUCCUUUGGAUAUUUCUCAAACGAGUUUUGAAUUUUAAAUCAUGCUUUCAUGGAUAUUUGUUAUUUGAUCCAGUGUGAUGGAAUGAUUUAGAGACAAAUCAAAAUCACAAAACAGGAUGCAAAGUGAUACUGACAACCCUAUAAAAUAGAAAUCAAUUAUCAAUAAAAAAAUAAAAU